UACUUGAAACUCGCCGAUCAUUUUGUUUUUUCGCCCGGUGGUGACAAUCGGAACAACUAUGCCAACGUUGAAGAAAUUGUUAACCAUGCGGUUGAAAAAGGGGUCGACGCCGUCUGGGCAGGUUGGGGUCAUGCUUCGGAAAACCCGGAGUUGCCGAAGCAGUUGGCAGCACGAAACAUUGUCUUCAUCGGACCACCUUGCAGUGCCAUGUUUUCGUUGGGUGACAAGAUUGCCUCAACCAUAAUAGCGCAGGUUUCCUUAUGCGUGAAAAUAUGGUAUUUUGUUCUCUUUUUUCUAGAAAACAUUUUCUUCUAG